AUGGAUAAGAAGACGGCUCUCGCCCAGCUUCGGCAGUCGAAGUUUGUCUAUGAACGCGGUCUUGAGCGGCAGGAGGCGGAGCGACGCGCAAAGCUGCAUCGUUUUCUUGAUCAGCACAAGCACGCAAGCCAGUGGGCAACGUCUCUCGCAGCUCUUUUGGAUGCGGUGCGGCACGGUGUGAUGCCGAGCGAUGCGGCUCUGUGCCGCGCCAUGUGCCAGUGUGGACAGCGUGGGCAGCUCCAGGCUGCAAAGCAGGUGUACGUGGAUCUCUACCGUCGGAUCGGUCGUCCCCGCCCCCUAACGGCCCAUGUGGCUUUUAUGUCUGCCUGUGCAGACGCCGGCGAUUUCGCUGAGGCGCAUCGACAAUUUCGUGCACUGCGUGACCGAGAUGUCGCACAACACGCGAAGAAUGCGUCCCACUGCCCAGUGGUGAACGACGACCUCACAACCGAGUACUUGCGCGCCGCGCUGUGCGCCUCGCUCGGGCGGCGGCCUGCGAGCGGGGAGGAGAGAGCCGCUGCCGCCGCCGGCGCGGCAUCAAUACCUGUCACACACACGCAGGGCAGCUCAGCGUCGGAGUCUUUUCAGAGUAGGGACUCCCCCACGAUGGCGAAGGAGGAGGGAACGCGCCAGGCUGCGUGUCGCAGCACGCAUCGCGGGCGCGAUGACGGCUACGGCGGCAAGCCACGCGCGGAUGCCACGAAGGAGGACGCUGACGGCGUGUCCGUCUCCUCUCCUUGGCAAGUUGCGUUGGAGGAGUUCGUCGCCCUGCGCAAGAACGCGGAGGUGUUUCGCAAGAGCAACGAGCUUACGCCGCUGUUGUUGGAGACGGCUACCCAGCUGGCCUGCGUAGGCCGACAGUGGCAGCUGUGUCUUUCGAUUCUCCGUGGCGCAGAAGCUGAGCAGGCGCUCAUCCCGCCAGAGGCGUACGAUGCGUCUAUUCGUGCGUGCUACCAAGCACAGAAGCACGCCCAGGUUGUGCGGCUCAUGGAGCAGCUUAUAGCGACGCGCGUACCUCCCGAUGAGCGGAGCGUGCGACUGGCGCUGGCGGCGUCAGAAGAGGUCUCAGCUGAGGAGCGCUCCCGACAGACGCUCUCAUCUUCGACGACCGACGGUGUUGGUAGAGGUGGGCGUGGGUGGUCGAUGGCGCUCACACUCUUUCAAGCUCUUGAGCGCAACGGCUUCCCGCUCUAUCAGCAGAGCUACGAGGCACCGCUGCGGGCGUGUGUCAACGCUGGUCGGUGGAAAGACGCCUUUAAGAUGUUAGACGUAAUGCGGCGCGACCACCGACCUGUAUCCGCUCCCGUGUACGCGCAGGCGCUGGCCUCCCGAAUCGAAGCUGCCACCGCGUGGGCAGAAGUGCGUCGGCUGAUGCGAGCCUCCAGCCUUGCGGAGGGGCAUGCGAGCGUCGUGGUACUCUAUCUUGCCGCGCUGCGAGCCUGCGUGCGGCUGCGCGACUGGAAGCACUUUGCCGAGCUGAAUCGGGAGAUGCGGGACCGCGACAUUCCCGAAACGUACGACAAGAUGCGACUGCUGAUCGAGGCAGCCUACCUGCAGGAGCAGUACCACAGCGUGCUCAUGCGAUUUGCUCGGUUUGAGAACAUUACGCAGUACGAGCGCCGCCGCGUUGUCGACGACAAGCGUGUGCGCCUCUACGAGGAGGACUUUGCUCUGCCCCCGGCAUUGCUAGACAUGGUGCUGGCGGCAUUCGAGAAGGUAAAGGGACACGCAGAUCCCAUGGUGGAGGCCGCGUACCAAGCCGCGCUGCGGCACAAGGAGCGGGUGAGUGGCGGACAGAGCCUCGCUGGCGCCCACACCGCCCCGGACGAGUGGAUGUACUCACAAAAGGCCCGCGAGGCGCGUACGUCACCCGAGUUUCAUUGA